CCUUUACAGUUGGUUUUUCCCCGGAGUCCUACCCACAACUCUUACCACUUCCCCUUCCUUCACAGUCAUUUUAUUCAUUUAGGUGUGAAGCCAGCCAAUAAGCGCUCAACAACACAAAGGUGGUGGGUACUGUCGAUGUAACCGCAAGGAAACAGGAAGUCAGGGAAAAUCUAAGUAACUUUCACUCACACAGUCUGACGCACACCAAGAGACAUGCUGUCACAGCUGAGCCCUGGCAGUAGGCACAGGCUUGAUUGUCUUCAUUUGUCCUGGUCUGUUCAGAAGAGCAAGGCUCUUGUGGCAUGACGACGACUAACAAAGGAAAUAAAGCCUUGAAGGUGAAGCGUGAGCCAGGCGAGAAUGGCACCAGCCUUACAGACGAGGAGCUGGUGACCAUGUCGGUACGGGAGCUGAACCAGCACCUCCGAGGGCUCUCCAAAGAAGAGAUCCUGCAGCUGAAGCAGCGGCGGCGCACCCUGAAGAACCGGGGCUACGCCGCCAGCUGCCGGGUGAAGCGGGUCACCCAGAAGGAGGAGCUGGAGAAGCAGAAGGCUCAGCUGCAGCAGGAGGUGGACAAACUGGCCAAUGAGAACGCCUCCAUGCGCAUCGAGCUGGACGCUCUGAGGUCUAAGUACGAGGCACUGCAGACUUUCGCCAGGACUGUGGCACGGAGCCCGACCGUCGGGGUCGGGGUCAGGGCCGGAGGGGGAGGCGGAGGGGGCGGGGUGGCGUCUUCGGUCAUCGGCCCACUCAUACCGGGGAAGGUGGCGACGGCGACCAGCGUGAUCACGAUAGUGAAAUCAAAAACAGAUGCACGGUCUUGAGGGAAGGGAAGACAGAUGAGGGUGUUUCAGGAUAGAGCUGAGCUGCAUCAGAGUCAUUCUUCUUCUCCGCCGUCCCCACCUCACCCUCCUCCACCUGCACUGACUUCAAGCAGCUGGCCGGGCUCAUUUACAUGGCCGCAGCGCCGUCCCGCCCCCCACCGUCUCCCAUCAGUGCAGAUGAAGGAAAGGAUGGACGCGGAGAAGGAUUGUUGAGUCGAGCCUUUUGGUCAGCGCAUGAUGGUUCAGCACAGGUCAGACACACACAGGUCACUGAAAGCGGAUUUCAAAAGUUAAAACAAAGUAAAUGCCCAAAUGUCCUGUAAUAUUGUUUGGCUGUUACUUAAAACAAUAAAUUCUCUAUAUUUAGUUUUUAUCACUGGUAGAUCUCUGCAGGUGUGUGGUAACAGUCACACUUUUGCAGGCCGUAUUUGAAGUGAAACAUUGCGAUUUGGCACACCAACAAAACUUUCUAAAGCAGAUGCGCAUUAAAAUGAGAAAACCUGUCUGAAGGAUUAGUGAAAGCUUUGUACAACAUGCCCGGCUGAUCUCAGUGGCUGCAGAAAAGCCCCGUCUUGUUCCGCCUCACCGAGAACUUUUUCUGGAAAGUACGAGAGAAAACUAUAUAUUAUACAAUGGUGGUAACUGUAUUUCUACUGUUUUGUACUGUGGUGUCAUUCACAUGAGGUCCAAGGUGUAUUCUCUGUGUGUGAAUUGUUAUAUAUCAGGAAUUCUGUGAAAUUCUGUGGCGCGUGUUCGUUUUUGGUAUUGCUAUAUUUAGUUAGCUGUUUUUUUUUUUUUUCUUUCUUCCAACAGUCUCUUCACUUUCGAUGUCCAACUCUCACUUCCUCUUACCUAUUCUUUCUCUGUCCUUCCAUAUUUCAAUCCCAACUGGCUUCCACAAUGUCAAUUCAGUACUUCCUGGGUUUGACAGAAAAGAGAGGGAGGAAAGGCAACUGAUUCUUACCAACAGGAGCAGGAAAGAAAACGAUUUUUCAUGUUAUUUAAAGAAUUUUCAGGGAAAUGCAGUUUUAGAGAUGAACGACAAUAAAAAUUUCAAAUAUUUAUUUGAUAUAUCUGGAAGGGCAAGUGCCUUGGUCUCUUAAUGAUAUGCAUGAGGAAGAAGUCAAGAGGACAUGAGAAACUGGAAGGAUGGAGGAGAUUUGGUGCAGGUGUUUGUGUAUACCUGUGCUUAGCGGCAUACUCUGACCAAUCAGGAAUCAGGUUGUGACAGCAUUUAGCUCUGGCUGUGCAUCAUUGUAUGAGCUGUGUAGUAGCCAUCAGGAUUUAUAAUAUUAGUAAUAUUAAUAAUAAUAGCACUCAUUUAUGUGACUUGGUAGUUCAUGUCAGGAAAAAACAAAGGGACGUGCAAAAAAAAAAAAAACGGGAGCGAGAGUGCAUCUUAAUUUUGCUGCUUUUUUGGAAAGCUUUUUGUUCUCCUGUGAGGGAAAAGGUACAAUUAAUCUGCUCACACGCAAAUGAAUUUGAUUGACUCGUGACUCCAAAACGCAGGUCGCUGCACCUGCAGCUCGAAUCAGAUCGGUUUUGGUUGCAUUCCUUUUGUUUUAAAACCGCAAAGCUCACUUUGCAAAUGCAAAUGGAACAACUGACACAGCGCAGUCAGUUGGCAAAGAUGGAGACGGUUCUCUGAAUUUCCGGUCACACAAAUGAGGCUGUCAUCUCACGCAGGCUUUACCAUGACAGUAGUCUUAUGUGGUGUUCUAUACUCAAAGAAUCUUUGUCUAUGUAUGGUGGAGUCUGAAAUUUUAUAAAGAACAAUUAUCUUUGCAUUGUUUGUAACGACAUGUAAAAAAAAAAA